UGUCCUUGACCACAAACACUAAACGAUACCUUGCACAGGUGGAAGAGUCGAAGCCCCUCCCGCCCCGCCUCGAAAGGACCGUCUGAUUGAAGACACCGACGAUAUGCGAUCCCAGGGUAACAUGUCCGAUCGCCUCACUAUCGAAGUUGACUGCACGUCCCUGGGCUCCAACGAAUGCCCCUCCAUGGCUUCUAGCUUUUCCCCUAUGGAGUCGCCCACCCCUACGCCGACAAGUGUAUACAGCCAAGGCUCUCUGGCCUCCCCGGCCUGGCACGAAGGGGGGUCGUUCCCCGCACAAGCCUACGAACGGCACCCCGGGGCGACGCCGAUGCGCAGCGCCUUCCGCUUGGCCAGCAUGACAUCGAACGAUAGUAUGGGCAUGUCUUAUGGACAUAUGGAAGCACAGGAGCGGAUGCCAAUGACCGACUUCCUCACCGGAUACGAUGAGAACGUUGAGCAUUUCUGGAUUCCCCCGGAGGCUCAGAAGGCCUAUGAGCAUGGUGUUCAUGGACUCCCAUACCCCCAGGCAUUGCCUCAAUAUGCGACCAUGGGCCGCAACCACUAUCGUCAACACCCUGCCCCCUACCUGCCCGAAUCCGCGACCAACCCUUGCUUGUCGCGCUCCAUUUUCCACCACCCUGAAAGAGUCCCUAGUUCCAUGUCCAUGAGCAACAUGAUCUCUUGGAUGGCCCCGCCAACAGACUCGAUUGCCCCGCAAACAAUUGCCCCGUCGCAGGUUGCCCCCGUCACACCCCCGCCGUCAUACUCCGAAUUCUCGGGCUCCAUCAACGCUUUCAAGACGCACACCCCCACAACCCCGGCGCGCUGUUCAUCCUUGGGUACUACUUCUGGAACCGAUACUCCCAUGAGCCGUCUCUCCGGUGGUAUGGACUACCUGGACGAUUUCAACCAGUCCCCAGUUUACCGUGAUGGCCUUGCCCGGGUCCAGCGUCAACCCUCGAGGAAGACUGCCAGGAAGCAGUCCUCCAAGCAGAGUCUGAGCCUGGAAAACUUGCCGUCCAUCAUCAAGCAGGUGCAGUUCAAGUGCAAGGAGCCAGGAUGCAAGGGUCGCUUCAAGAGACAAGAGCACCUGAAGCGACACAUGAAGAGCCACUCCAAGGAGAAGCCGCAUGUGUGCUGGGUCCCUGGGUGUGAGCGGGCUUUCUCACGCAGCGACAACCUGAACGCGCAUUACACCAAGACCCACAGUAAGCGCGGUGGACGAAACCGCUAUGUUGCGACCCUGGAUGAGAACAGCCCGGACUACAACCCGGAGUACCGGGGUCAACUGACAGCUGACGGGCGACCGCUCUACAACUCCAAGCCCCAAGACAUCAUGCCGGACACUCGUGAAACGAGCGAGGAGGCGUGGCUAGAGUGAGGGGGGAUAGAGUUUAAUAUGGGAGGACCGAGCAUGAUACCCUUGGGCAAAGAGUUGCCCCAUUCUCUUUUUGGUCAUUAGAUGGGCACAGACACACAGGGCCAAACAGACCCCGGUCGGCGCUUCACGGCGUUCUUUGUAAAACAUUUCCUGGCUAUAUACACCGGACGAUUUCCUUUGUUGAAUUGAAUGUCGCAUACCAUUUCCUUUGUUGUUUCCUUUACCUGUUUUCCUUCCUGGACCGAAAAUUUCCU